GCCAGGCCAGGCGAUCUAAGAAACGACAUAAAACCAUCUCUCUAGCAGUGCAAGUGCACCAGUUCACAACGCGAAGGUGACCAUGAAGUUGGUGUGUGUUUUACUGGCAGUGGGAUGCGUUGCAUCUGCACAGGCUGCAGCCGUAUCGUCACGCGAAACCUUUGAGCUCGUAAGCAAAGGUUCGUCGUUCGGACAAUGCGUAGUAGAGUUCGGCAAAGGUUUGGUUGACUCAGUCAACACCACGUUUGGCUUCGUCGAGUUCUGCUUGGCGAUUCCCUUGAUCGGCAUCUUCAUGGCACCACUGAUCGGCAUUUUCAGUAUCGUCUUCGUACCCAUUGGCUACUUCCUCGACAUGCUGACCUGCCUCGGAAUAACCCAUGAAGUAUAAUGAAGUGUCACCUAAACGAGACCACCACCACCACCACCGAGAACACACUUCCCGCAAACGAAAUAGACACCGGUAUUCUGAUAUAGUUUUCAUACUUUCGUUUCAAAUAUCCACCUUAACAAAUGGUAUUAUUCAAAUAAUGACAUCAGGCUCACGCGAACUGUAAUAAAUGCUUCUUUUGGCAACGAAAA